AUGGCUCCCGUAAAGCGUAAAGUACGAUCGCAGCCGAUCGCCGUCAAAAAGGCAAAAACGGUUGAAAAAGCAGUAGACGUCUCGGACACUGACUCUAUCGGCGAUGACGGACAAGAUCUUAUGGCAGCAGCGCAGCGUGGAGAAUUUGACGAGGACGAAAGUGAAGCUGGCGAGUGGGAAUCGCAAUCGGAUGAGGAUGCUAUGGAGGAAGAAGCAAUGGAUGUCGUAUCAGGAAAUGCUGUCAAGAAGCCUUCCACUGGUGCGGAUGAUUUUGUGGCUGGUGAACUCGAAGGAUUGAAGGAAACAGCAGAACUCUAUAAAUCAAACAUUUUCAAGCUUGAGAUUGAUGAGUUACUCGCUGAAGUCGGGGUCGAUUACGAGAAACACAAACGACUUUUGAACGCAUUGCGUGCAGUCAAAUCCAUCUUUGAGAAGGAACCUGACACCAAGGAGCAGCUGUUGAAUGAUUUCAUCAAGAGCAUGGAAAAGAAGCACAAGAUCGUUGUACCAAUACUUGAUAGUCCUCCUCCUCAAGAUUCGCAAUACAAAUUCAUGUAUCAGAAGCCUUCGUCCGUGAAUGUGAUUGGUGGUUAUGCGUUAAAGACCAUUUGCAAAUUGAAGAAACCAUUCAGCGUUGAUGUGGCUGUGGAAAUGCCAUCAGCUAUUUUUCAAGAAAAGGACUACGUGAACAACCGCUACUUCUAUAAGCGUGCCUGCUAUUUGGCCGUCCUUGCACGCGCGAUCCGUAAAUCCAAGGUUGGAUUGACCGUUGAAUUUGGUAUGCUUAAUGGUGAUGCCCACCGCCCUAUCCUACUUGUCAAGCCUAUUGGAGAUAAAUCUGAGCUGGAUUUUACCAAGACCAAGUGCAUGAUUCGAAUUCUACCAUGUGUUCCUUCUGAUGUCUUUCCCUUGCAUCGAUUAGCCCCGGGGAAAGCGAAUGUGCGACACGUUGAUUCAGACGAUGAAGUGCAUAGGCCCACUCCGCUAUAUAAUGCCUCUGUCUUGAUGGAUACCACGUUGACGGCCAACUCUGCCUUUCUAUAUCAGCACAGCAAGAGCUGUGAAGGUUUUCGAGAUGCCAUAAAGCUGGGUCGUAUUUGGCUUCAUCAACGAGGGCUGGAUAUGAGUCAAACGGGGUCUGGCUUUAAUACUUUCUUGCUUGCCAUGAUCAUGGGUUAUCUACUCCAAGGGGGACUUCCUGGAGGAGGACGUAAAUUAUCGACAUCUCAUAGCUCGUAUCAACUUUUGCGAGGCACGCUUGACUUCCUAAGUACACAUGAUUUUGAGAAGGACCCUGUUUUUAUUGGCAAAUCGGAUCAUGACAACUUCGCUGUUGAGAACUUUACGAAUCACUAUCAAGUGGUGAUCGUCGAUCCUACCGGUACUGUGAACAUGGCAGCACACAUGAGCAAAUCUUCCUUAGACCAGUUGCAACAUGAGGCCAAGUUGGCAAUGUCAUAUCUAAACGACACCGUUGAUCGAUUUGAAGCGUUGUUCCUUCAAAAUGUGAACGAAGCAGGAUUAAGAUUCGACAACUUUAUGACACUUUCAACAUCUUCAACGACUGUUUCAUCUUACGACGAUCAUGCGAGAUCGGAGUACCCAAUCUAUUCAGAAUACCUUGUCCAACGCAUUGGCAAUGUCUUGAAAAAAGGAUUGACGAAUCGGGUGGAUCUUGUGGCUGUGCAAAGGAAUAUCGAACAUACAUGGGGCAUACAAUUAAAGCCAGCAUCAUUAUCGGCUCAAACGAUCAAUAUCGGAUUUGUAUUGGAUCCUGACAAUGCUCCACGACUCGUUGACCAAGGGCCUGACGCUCAAAAGACAGAGGAAUGCGAGGAAUUUCGUGAGUUUUGGGGUGAUAAGGCAGAAUUGCGUCGUUUCAAGGAUGGAAGCAUCGUGGAAAGUGUUGUUUGGAAUUACCAAGGAUACGAGAACAGAAGUGCAAUUGUACAAAAGAUUGUACAACAUCUGCUCAAGCGACAUUUCGAUAUCAGCGAAGAACAUUUGCACUACUGGGCGAAUCAAUUAUAUCCUUUUCUACAUGUACCCAAGUGCGUACCAAACAACGUAUUCGAUCGUCGUCUCGAGAUCACUGGAUUCCAACCUGUCAUGACAGCAUACAAUGAUUUGGCAAAAAUGUUUCGGUCCAUCGACGGGGAGCUACCGCUUUUAAUCAGCAAUAUCUAUCCUUGCUCAGCUGCCCUUCGUUAUUCAUCACCUAUUCUUCCGCAUGCAGUUGAUUUCAAUACUUUGGUGACCCGGCCAACGAUUGGACGAUACAUUGAUCCAAUCGAUGUGAUUGUACAAUUAGAGAGAUCGAGCAAAUGGCCGGAUGAUAUGGAUGCAUUGCAAAAAGUCAAAGCAGCUUUCUGUCUUAGGAUGUCAGAUCUUCUUAGGAAACGACGAGCAACUGAAUCCGUCGUGGUGGAUGAUCAUACGCUCACAAACGAAUUGGAGGCUCGUGGAUAUCUGGACGUAUACUUUGAAGGCUUUGUUUUCCGAUGCCAUUUGCAUGUACCUCAUGAAGAAUUGAUUCUCAAGAGUAUUGUCAACAAGAACGAUGGACUUGUAAAGGAGAAGGCACAAAAGGCGCUCCAAAAGCACCAGUACCAGUUUCAUCAUCAACAACUUCAUACAUUUCACAUUCAAGCUUUGUGCGCCAAGUUUCCUGCAUUGUCUGCCACCAUUCGCCUUGUGAAACGAUGGUUCAGCACCCAUCUCUUAUCAUGUCAUGUGACCGAUGAGCUUAUUGAACUCCUUUGCGCAUAUGUAUUUUUGGAUCCCCAUCCAUGGACCCCACCAACAUCCCCUAUGACCGGUGCCGUGCGUGUAUUAAACCUCCUGGCAACGUGGAGUUGGCACAAGACACCUCUUUUGGUAGACAUUGAGCAAGAAUUAACAACCAGCAUGCGCGACGAAGCAUUCAAGAACUUUACAAUGUUGCGUCAAAGGAGUCCACAAAUGAAUCAGGGUGCCAUGUUUGUGGCCACUGCCAAGGAUCUGCAAGGUGUGCGCUGGUCGCAGUCUAGGCCUAACAAAGCAAUUGCUGUUCGCAUACAAAUGUUGGCAAAGGAAUCAUUGAAGGUUCUGGAAACUGCAUUUUCACUCAAUGAUGUGAAACGUAUCAAAGGCUUGUACACUACGUCAAUGGCAGAUUAUCAUGCAGUGAUUCAGCUGAAGACAUCACGAUGCACAAGAUAUUAUGAAAACGUUCAUGCACACAAAAAUCAUUUUGCAAAGAUGGGCAAACCAAUUCUAGGUGAAGAACCCUAUGUAGGAUUUGAUCCUGUGACGGAAUUGGUAAAGGAGAUAACGAAUGUAUAUGGUGACGCAUUGUUGGUAUUCUAUGACAAGCACGGCGGUGACAAAAUUGCAUUGGUCUGGGAUCCUCAAGUAACUGCAGCUAAGCAAUGGCGAGUGGGUCUUGGAUUAAAUACUGUACCCGCAGAUAUGAACGAGGAUGGGGUAUUGGUUCCUUCGAAAGGCAACAAGAACGAGAUAUCCAAAAUGGCGACAACUAACUUCAGUGCGAUUUUGAAAGAAAUUGAGAGGUUAGGUGCUGGUCUUGUUGAAUCAAUCACGAGCUCUGCUACCUGA